CCUACCGUCCUCACCAUUUGCUGUGCUGGAACCCUGCACGGAGAGCUCCAUUGCCCUCUCUGUUCUCCCGGGUUUACUUUCUGAUGUGCUCGUCAUCAGAUCCACUGGCUUCUCUCAAACUGUGUUAAUGGAGGCACACAGAGCACACCCAUGUACCUGCCUUCUAGUACACAAAACACGUGUUUAUUCUCUUAUUUCUUCUACCAUGGAACUUUGGGGGUUUUCUUGGCUCUUUUGUCUUAUUUGUCUCUACUUUGCAUUUGAAACAUACCCUAAUUAUUGUGUUAGUCAGAUUUUCAUCCCUGUGACAAAUACCUGAGAGAGCAACCUAAACGUAGAGAUGGUUUAUUUUGUUUCCUGAUUACAGGUUUCAGCUCAUGGUCAGUUUGCUGUAUUACUGUGGGCCUGGCAAGGCAGAAAGUCAUGAGUCAUGACAGAGACUUUGGCAGGACAAAGUCGCUCACAUCUCAGCAGCCAAGAACUGAGAGAAAUGGGAUAGCUACCACCCUUCAAAGACAUGUCUACAGAUAUGCUUCCUCCAGACAGGCCCCACUUGCUAAUAGCUCCUUGAUGCUGUUUGUGGACUGACGAUCCAGUCGUGGUUCAGUACUAACCAGCUGGAGGGACCAGGCCUCCAACACAGGCCUUUAGAGGACCACUUUUUAGUCAGACUGUUGCAGAAUAUUCCUUUACACUGUGUGAAGAUGUGUCACUGUGAUUGGUUUAAUAAAGAGCUGAAUGGCCAAUAGCUAGACAGGAAGAGGUUAGGUGGACUUAUGGGGACAGAAAGGACUUGGGGAAGAAGAAAGGUGGAGUUGCCAGCUAGACUCAGAGGAAGCAGGACAUGCAGGAAGAGAGGUAAAAGCCGUUAGCCACAUGGCAGCAUGUAGGUUAAUAUAGAAAUUGGUUAAAUUAAGUUAUAAGAGCUAAGUAGAAACAAGCCUAAGCCAAGGCCAAGCUUUCACAGUGAGUAAGAAGUCUCUGUGUCAUUAUUUGGGAGUUGGCAGUAGAAAGACUUGCUACACCAGACAGACGGCAGUCCUCUAUCUCCCCACACACUCAGUCGUCUUUGUUCAUCUGUGAGGGGCACUCCUAAGUAACGAAUGUAGUUUUUGUCUCGUUUAGCCCUGAAUUCCCCUGCUCAUCUUUACUGAGUGCCUACCAUGUGACACAUUCCACUCCAUGCCAGGCAAGAGACAGACAUUCCGCUCCUUGUCACACAAGCAGGCAGCACUGUAAACAGGAGAGGCACCACAGAAGUAGAGCUCGGGGGGUUGGGAGACCCUGGCCUUGUCAGGGAAGACAUCUUUGAAGAAGUGACACCCGAGCUGAGGUCUGAAGGAAAAGGAGUUACCCAAAUGCCAGAAAGGAGGGAAGGAAUCCAUGGGUCCAGUGAAUACACCUGCUGUAUUCACUGCGCCUGAGAAUAGUGCCUGUCCUGUUGUGAACCGGGUAGCAGAGAACCUCAUAUCCAAGGUGACUGUGAGCAGCCCCCAAACCUAACAAGCAAUAUUAUGCUUUUAAACAUAUUUCAUUUUAGUGUCUCAGAAUACUCUGAGAUGUUUGUAAUCCUGCUGCGUUGUACUGCGUCAUAAAGCCCUCUGUUAGCUGGCUCUGAACACUAGAUGGCAGUGUAAAUUUUAUUUCUGAAGGUGUGUCUCUGUAUCAGGUACUAAGUCAAUAGGUUGCUAACUAGAAGCUGCAGUGAUUUGAGGAAAUAGAAAUGGUUGGAGCCUAGCAAUUUCCAGCCCUUUUCCUUGUCUCUAACUGCUGAGGCUACAGGUGCAAUUGUAUAGACCUUUCUUGAAAGUCUUUUGCCCUGCCAGUGGCACUCACACAGGGAUGCUGACCAUUCCUGAGGCUUCCAGACUUGCUAGACAUGUAUGGAGCUCUGUGAUAGUGUUGUCAACUGACUUGACCGGACCCCGAGUCACCUAGGAGAUAAGCCUCUGAGUACCCGUGGGAAUUAUCUAGGUCAGGUUAACCGAUGUGGGAAGAUUAACCUUAGCUGUAGGCAGGACCCCUCCCCUGGGUGGGGACUGUGAACUCUUUGAAAUAGCAAGCCGAGCACCAGCUUUCAUUGCUCUCUGCUUCCUGGUUGUGAAUGCAAUGUGAUCAGUGUGAUCAUCGGAUUCAAGCUUUUGCCGCCUUGGCAUGCCUUCUGCGAUGGAUCAUACCCUGAACGCUGGGCUGAAAAAGCCUUUCACUCUUAAGUUGUUUUUGUCGCAGCAACAGGAAAAGACUAAGAAGGAGCCACCCCAUCAGUGGCACAGUACAAGAAUAACAGAAUGCUUACAUGCCCAGACUAAGCCAAUUUUCCAUAAAAGCCAAAACUAGGAAGAGCAUUGUGCUGAGGCUUGAGUAACAAUGUUGAAUGUAGCUGCAAACAUGAGGACAUUCUGGCAGUUAAAAGAUGCACGAUUCUGAAUGAGGAAGAGAGAAGAGGAGAAAAGGUCAAGAGGUCCAGUUCCAAGCUCCUUUGUUACAAAGACAAUAAAUCCUGGUGUUUCAUCCACAUUAAAAGUUCAAGGCUCCUUGUUAACACUCCCAUUGCCUUGGAAAAGCAUCUGGCCGCUAGAUGGUGAGAUGGAGGUGGUCUGGCUCAGGCCACCCCAGCACUGUAAGAGUCGCCGAAACCCAUCUAAUCUCCAGGCUAGGUUCUGCCCACUGCCUGUUUCAAUACAGGCUCUUACCUAAGGUCAGUUUCAUGUGUGUAAAUGGUUGAGGGUGAGAUAAAAGAAGAUAACUUUUUGCCACAUUUGAAAUGAUGUGAAAUUCCAGUUUCAGUGCUGUUGGGAGAAUGGUACUGUUGUAGUAGAAUUUGAAGAUGAUUGUAAUGGGAGGAGGGACAGAGCAAGUUCCCAGGGGCCCCAGACUGCACAGCAGACUGGCAUCUCAGUUCAGCCCACUGCAGCCCCAAGCCUGUCUCUUCCCAGCCACUGUGGUAGCAAAUGCUGGGGCUGAUGACCAGGACCCUGGGGACAUCCUUAGCCCCUUUGAGCAGCACAUAGAACUAUGUCCCUGAGGCUUCUUUACUCUAUAGCAGCCCAGCAUUUUGUAGAAAUUUAGUCUUCUCUGCUAGCCCUUACACUCCAGUUCUAGCCUACCCUGGUCUCCUGCCUUUGAAAGAGCAUGGGCUUUGGGACCAGACAUACUUCUGUCCAGUUUGGCUGAGUAUCAGUCCAUAUGUACAACUCACAUCACUUCUCUGUGCUUUUCUUUCUGAUGCAACAUGAACCAUGGUCUUAUGAGGAUUAAAUGAGGAUUCCUGGCACACAAGAGUCCCUUGCCAUAUCAUGUCUGAAUAUGGGAGGAUGACGGACACAGAGCGAGACCAGAUAGACCAGGAUGCUCAGAUAUUCAUGAAGACCUGUUCAGAGGCAAUUCAGCAACUCCGAACAGAAGCCCACAAGGAGAUACAUUCCCAGCAAGUGAAGGAGCACAGGACCGCAGUUCUGGAUUUCGUUGAAGAUUACUUAAAAAGAGUGUGUAAGCUUUACUCUGAACAAAGAGCCAUCCGAGUUAAGCGUGUGGUGGAUAAGAAGAGACUAUCUAAGCUGGAACCUGAGCCAAAUACAAAGAGGAAAGAACCCCCAUCUGAGAAAGCCUCACAGAAUGCUUCCCAGGACUCGGAAGAAAAGCCUGCCGCCGAGGAGUUGCCAGAAAAGCCUUUGGCCGAAGCACAGCCUGAACUGGGAACCUGGGGCGAUGGCAGGGGUGAAGAUGAGCUGUCUCCAGAAGAGAUACAGAUGUUUGAACAAGAAAAUCAGCGACUCAUUGGUGAAAUGAACAGCUUAUUUGACGAAGUGAGGCAAAUCGAAGGGAAAGUUGUUGAAAUUUCCAGACUCCAAGAGAUAUUUACUGAAAAAGUUUUGCAACAGGAAACUGAAAUUGACAGCAUUCACCAGUUAGUUGUGGGGGCAACUGAAAACAUCAAGGAAGGCAACGAAGACAUACGAGAGGCCAUCAAAAACAACGCCGGCUUCCGAGUGUGGAUCCUCUUCUUCCUCGUGAUGUGUUCCUUCUCCUUGCUCUUCCUUGACUGGUACGACAGCUAGCCCACGAGGGCUACCCCUGUGUCUGUGCUGCUGUCCCAGACACACACACCAUGUGCCAGCAUGUGUCUCUUCUGUUGUGUAGCUGUGUAAGAUCCAAGGGCUGGGGAGACAUGGCCCCCAAGCCAACCUUUGGAACCUGUCAGGACCUGGAAACGUGUGGAUUGAAAGUGCCCUAGGCGGUCUUCGGGGGCAGAGGAUAAAGGGGUGAGGCAGUCAGGAGUGGCACCUCCUGGAGGACCACAAGCAUGGCAGGGCUGAGCAGGACAGGAAUACGGCACUCCUGCUAUCCCCGUUACAAUGCUUGGGGCCUCGUCUCCUGCCCUUCCCACACCAGUAGCUUCAGGGGAGAACAUGCCUAAUGUUUCUAAAGUCAUUGGUUCUUACUUCCUUGUGGCGUCUAAUGUGUGCUGAUAUGUGGCCAUUUUGUCAAAGAAAACAAUUCACAUCUGCCUUGUCAAGCUAAUAAAUGCAAUUAGAGCCA